AUAAAGUGGUACCACUGACUGCCACUUUCACUGUCUCCGUUUGGCUUCUCUGAUCAUCGAUUUGUGUCGAUCGCUCAGGUGUUGGGGAACGAGCAACACCUCCCAGCGUCUGUACCCUCACAGGUGAUAAUUAGUCCACCUGUCACAUCACCAGCGAAGAAGAAACGGUAUUUGACCUAUGCCAAACUUUCUCCUGUUUUCUCUUCGACAGGUGAGAGAGAAUACUGGUCCCGUGUAUGCUGAUCGCAGCCUGGGUGUACGAUGUAGUCUGCCGCUUCGUAUUGUGACACCACCCUUACCAUCACCGUGUCACCAUGGCGACAGGAACAGCAUGCCAGUCAGCUUCAUAGGGAAUCGGUAACAUGAUAUAAUUUACAUCAUCUGCAUAAUAAGUGCCUUGACAUGCGCACUUGAGCCCUGCCUUAUUAAUGAUAGAUUGGCUUAAAGAGAAUACCUGCCCGAUACGUGGCUGGGAUCGGAAGAAUUGGCAGCCAGCAAGACCUUAGGAAAUACAAGCCAAAAGAGCCCAUGUGCAUUCCGAACUGACUUCAAACAUGGAUACCUGUCCUGUCACCUCGCCAGGUGUGGCGACGCGUCGCUGACAUACCUGAGCUUCUGUCUAUACGAGAACUAAAGUGUUCCUUUUAGCAUCAUGCCUGGGGCUAGGAGAGGGCUUGUGGCCCCCCAGAACACAUUCCUUGAAAACAUCAUCCGACGAUCCAAUGGCCAACACAGCAGCUUCAUUCUGGCCAACGCUCGUAUCGUGGAGUACCCCAUCGUCUAUUGCAAUGACGGCUUCUGUAAGCUUGCCGGCUACAACCGAGCGGAGGUUAUGCAGAAGAGCAGCACAUGCAGUUUCAUGUAUGGUGAGCUGACCGACAAGGAGACGAUCCAUGGCUUGGAGGAUGCGUUUGAGACGAUGGAACAGGAACAGGUCGAGAUACUGCUCUACAAGAAAAACAGGACUCCACUAUGGCUCCUCCUGCACGUGGCGCCCAUCAAGAACGAGAAGGACCAAGUCGUGCUAUUCAUGUGCUCCUUCAAGGACAUCACUGCACUCAAACAACCAAUCGACGACGAAGGAGGCAAAGCUGGUUUGAGCAAGUUCGCCCGCCUUGCACGGUCUGUGACGCGGAACCGGUCCACCCUGCUUCAGUUCUCAUCGCAUAUGCCAAAUACAAAGUUUGACAACUCAAAGCCGUCACAAAUUGCUAACAUGAUGAACUUGAACACGGACGUCCUGCCUCAGUACCGCCUGGAGGCGCCCAAGACCCCUCCCCACAUCAUCCUUCAUUACUGUGUGUUCAAGACAAUCUGGGACUGGAUCAUCCUCGUCCUCACCUUCUACACCGCCAUCAUGGUCCCUUAUAACGCCGCAUUCAAGAUCAAGACAAUGGACCAGCUGCCCCUCCUCGUCAUCGACAGCAUGGUAGACGUCGUGUUCUUCGUCGACAUCGUUUUGAACUUUCACACCACAUUUGUGGGGCCGAGUGGCGAGGUGAUAUCGGAUCCUAAGAUCAUACGAAUGAACUAUUUAAAGAGUUGGUUCGUGAUUGACCUACUCUCCUGUUUACCGUAUGACGUCUUCAAUGCGUUUCAGUAUGUUGACGAUGGUAUCAGUACCUUGUUCAGCGCCCUCAAAGUGGUUCGUCUACUCCGAUUGGGACGAGUAGUCAGGAAGCUGGAUCAUUACUUGGAGUACGGGGCCGCCAUGUUGGUUCUCCUCAUCCUCGUCUUCAUACUCUUCGCCCAUUGGUUCGCGUGCAGCUGGUACUCCAUAGGCAACGCCGAACUGCUAAGUAACGUGGAAUAUGGUUGGCUGCCCAUCUUGGCCAAACUGACGAAGUCGCCAUUCAUCAGAUCCAACACAUCCUCCGUUGACGAGCUAGAAGGCGGGCCGGAUAAAAGCAUGCGUUAUCUGACCUCCCUGUACUUCUCACUGUCCUGCAUGACCGGCGUCGGCUUUGGCAACGUCGCUGCCAACACCGCAAGUGAAAAACUCUUCUCCGUCUUCAUGAUGAUCAUUGGAUCGCUUCUUUACGCCACGAUCUUCAGCAACGUGACGACGAUAUUCCAGCAGUUCUACGCCAGCUUCGCGCGCUACCACGACAUGCUCAACAGCGUCCGGGAGUUCAUGAAGCUGCACGACGUCCCCAAGGCUCUCAGUGAACGCGUCAUGGACUACAUCGUCUCCACCUGGGCCAUCACGAAAGGCAUCGACGCUGCGAAGGUUCUAAACUAUUGCCCCAAGGACAUGAAGGCUGACCUCUGUGUCCACUUGAACCGGAAGGUCUUCCUCGAACAUCCUGCAUUCCGAUUGGCUAGUGAUGGGUGUCUGCGCGCUCUCGCCAUGCACUUCAACAUGACACACAGUGCACCCGGUGACCUCAUCUUCCACCAGGGAGAGAGUCUCGAUGCCCUGUGUUUUGUCGUGUCCGGGUCGCUUGAGGUUAUUCAGGACGAGGAGGUGGUUGCAAUACUCAGUAAAGGCGACGUGUUCGGGGAUAACUUUUGGAAGGAGCAGACGAUUGGUCAGUCAACUGCCAAUGUUCGUGCGUUGACCUAUUGUGACCUCCAUUCCAUCAAACGAGAUCGUCUGCUGGAGGUUCUAGAGUUCUACCAUGCCUUCGCCAACUCCUUCGCCCGUAACCUCACCCUCACGUACAACCUCCGGCACAGGUUAAUUUUCCGGAAGGUCGCAGAUGUAAAAAAAGAACGAGAACUCGCCGAGAAGAGAAAGAACGACCCACCUCUUGAUCUUGCAAACGACCACCCAGUGCGCAAACUCAUAUCUCGCUUCCGUAAAAUUAGUGACGCACGCACUCAACAGGUCGGAAUCGACGUGGAGAAAGGACAACAAAAUGGCGGCCAAGCGCUGAACAAUGGCGAGAGACCAAAGAGUGGUACUAGAGUCAUUAAUGUCUCCGAGAGCACCGCCACGCCAGCUGUCCCCAAACUUGGAGGAGGUUCAUCCAAAUGGGGCAAGUUCCUGGGUGGGAUGGGUGGAGGAGGAAAGGGACAAGACCCUUCACCCGACAACAACCAAAACAGAAUCCAAAUGACUGAAAUUCCCCCCAAGACUGACAAUCGUGCAAAUGAUGCCCCCAAGGCCGCUGUUAAACCUCUGUCCAAGUGGGGCAAGUUUCUUAGCAAGCAACAAGAACCGAUUGUCGAAUCCCCCGAAGAGGAGGUAAAGACUAACCUGAAAAAGACCGAUUCUACUGAUAGUGGAAUUCUUCGAAGUAACAACUGUCUUGAUCAGAUUGGUGAAGAACCUGUUCGGAGCGGCGAGCAGACCAACAGAACCAGUAUAAAUUCCUUGGGGGGACUGUCUGCAGCUGAACAGCAUAUGAUGACGUCACUGUAUGACAUACGGCUUGAGAUUAAAGAGGAGAUGGACUCUCUGAAUUUCAAGAUGAACAGAAUUGAUGAACAAAUUAGUGAAAUUCUAAGAUUUUUUUCGCCUACAUCCACCCCUUGUUCGUCGUUAAUCUCCACAUACCCUAGCUCAAAAUUCAACUCCCCGCAAAACAUGACAACGUCAAACAGUGUCGAACAUUCUCCAAAACACUCUGCUUCUUCAUCCCCGGGUCAUUUCCGGGAAAACGCAGAUGGGAAAUCCAGUUUAGCUGGCUCUUCAGCUUCCGGUGAUUCCAGUCCUCGCCGGAAGUCAAGUCCAGAUCCGUACGUAACUACGACUCAGCCUCACAACACCAGUCGAAGGUCGAGCAAGGCCUCAAGCGGAAGUGUAGUGAGCGUCGGAAGCGGAAGUAGUAAGGCUUCUGGGAAGAGGAAGACAUCAGAUCAGCAGCAAGUGAGCUCGUUGGCCAGUCAGACCCAAGGGUUGCCGGAAGAUGACGAGCAUGUGCAUAUCAAAGAUCGUGACCUUGACAUUUUAUGAAACGUUACCGCAACUUGAUGUAUAUAUCACGGGAGAUUAGUACCCUUAGAAUGGAAUUUUUACGGUUCCAGUUUUUCAAGGAUAUCUGUGUUAAUUCAUUUUCCGUCCUUGUGAAUCAAGGUUAAGCAGCAUGCCCCUUGAGAUGAAAGUCGACUUUAGUCGCGUGAGAUACCGUUUCUGUGGCUGACCCCAAACACCAGUGCCACACAUUCAGAUGACCAAAGCAGUUGUCUCUCUUUGACGCCACUCUACACAGUUGCGAUUUUUGGUGCAUGACACAUUCCGUUGGUGUGUCUUAUCCCAUCUGUUGUUAUGGUGACGUGUUUUGAAGGACUGAGGACACAGGUUGUGAUAAAGGCUGGAUGCAAGUGAAGCUAUUGCUAAAGGACUGAAUGUGAUGUUUUCGCAACUACCCUGUGAUGUGAUUGGUUGAUGGAACCCUUCCACCAAUCUUCUCUGUAGAACCCGUUUGCUUCUUUGGAGUAAACAGAUGCAACGUGUUAAUCUACGAACUAUUGUUUAGGAUGUGCCUUUGAUAGGUGCUCCAAAGUUCAAAUAUAUUAUUUUCUACAGAAACAAACAUUAUUGUUGAAAUGUGCAAGCCACAUUGCAUUUGUUGGCUGUUAAUAUUGUAUUGACUUCUUGAGAGGUUGUGAUAUCACGUGACCGAUAGGUCAAAGGUCGGUGAAAGGACAAUUGGAGGGUUCGUCUCAAGACGUAUAGGGCAAUCAAGCUAUUAUUUCAUUUAUAGAAAUGACGCCGGCCAAGCUUACCUAAACACACACACUGCCUGCUAUUAUAUAUGAGAUGUUCACACAAUCGUUCCUGAAUUCAUUUUGUAUCAAAACCAACUGGACUCGAUGGACAAUGUUUACAUUGUGCGACUUCCAGGAAAUGAGACCAUUAGACAUGGUAUACCUUCUCUAACACAUACAGAGUUAAGCUUCAUAAACACAUAUUCACAUAAUUAACAUCGUGACAGUGCUAGCUGCAGUUGCCAUUCGCUACUUACAAAGUACAAUCGAUCACGCUCGAGGGUACUGUUUUGCAAGGCUCUUAAUUGUCGAGAUGUCAACGGCCUUUCGCAAGGCAGAUUGGAAAACAGUAAACAGUAUCUUGAGUUAGUAAUUAACUAACCAUAUCAUAUAUAUAGUAUGUUUGUUGGUGCUGGGUUGAGAUGGAGUACUGAGACUUUUCUCAGAAACACACAUUUCUCCAAUCCAAACACGAAUUCAAAAUAAUUAAAACACCUAAAAUAUGUUACAAUUUGAAAAAAAAUAAUUCUACAGAUACAUUUUGAAACUUUCUGUGGGACUUCAUUCAUCAAAGGAUACUUGCCUUCGUCUUCAUAUUCGCCCACCAAGUAAUUCUGACAGAAAAUACUCUAAAUACCAUACUCUCUCUGUCCUCUUUACCCUUGUCUGGUGGCAGUACCUUCUUAACCAUUUAGCCUUUCAGUUAUCCCGCAAUAUGUCUGACAGUGAGGACUCGCGAAGCCAUUCUUACCUAAUCUCGAACCCAUUGCGUUAGAGCUAUCUAAACAAUUCAGAAAUACUCUCCCCUUUUAACAUUUGAGCUAAUCAAACAGGCAAUUUUACUAUCUGCCAAAGCCAUUUGGACGUUAAGUGCUGUCAAAACCUACCAUACUCGCAGUAGUGACAGUACCCUUUCAAAAAUUCAGAUAGAUAGAUAGAUGCAUGGAGGUUUCGGGAUCUUUUCUUCUCAAAAGACCAAAGUAAACAUCAUAUUAUUGAACGUAAACAUAUGAAUGUAAAAUCAUAUUGAUUCUAAAUUCACUUUCGUGCAAACAUUCUGUAGGUAUGUAAAUGCUGGUCAAUGGGUUGUAUGGUUCGGCAAAUGCAUCAUUGUGAAAAGUUGAUCAGAAAGAUUCGGCUGUGGUACUGGCGAUAAGACCACCUGUCCCACGGGCCUGCUUUAAGGGCUCUCUUAACCUUCUAGACAGAUAUUUUUCCUAAAGCAUUUUUAUGGUCUAUGAACCAGUAAAACCUCUGGAAGUUACUGCUGUCUAAAACUAUUUUCAUUAUUCUGAAUACCUUUACAUACAGUCUUUACUCUUUGAAUAAUUCUGAGUCAUCUCAUUUUAAACAAUUGGUAUUUUGUCGAAUGGUCUCCAAAUUCUGAGUGCAACAACCUUUAAUUCGUCCAACGUUUUUGGAGUGUAGCAGUACAGGUGUGAAAUGAGAACUGCAUCUAGUAUUUGCCUUUUAACAUGAAGCUUUAACAAGUGGCUAGUUCACUCUUCACGGUCACACUUAAAGAAUCACCUUCACUUUCCCACAUCAUAUUGUCACAUUACCUUUUAUCAUCUACUAUCCAAACUUGAACACCAUGUAUAUAUUUACUACAUGUCGGUCAAAAUAAUCAUGUUUAUCUAAAACUUGUUUUUUACAAUAUUUCACCAGAAACCACCGAUUCUUACCUCUUCUUUAAACAUUCCACAAACGACACUUUCAAGCACUUCUCUAUCUACACACAUGCAAAUGCAGUUUUUUUAUUGCUAUUGAUUUGUUUGAGACAUUUUAGCUGAUGUCGUUACAUAAGUUAAAUAUUCCAAUAUUUGAUUUUCACUGUGCUUUAUUUGGCCUCUGAAUUACCCGCAGACAUGAUCGUGCUGUGAUAGCUAUUACCAGCACGAACUUGAGACAUGUUUUUUACCUCCACGUGCAAAACUCUUAGAUUCAGCCUUAUAUCUUCAGAGGGUUGUGUAAAUAGAUGCUAGUUUCCCUUGUUUGACUUCAAUCUGUUAUCAAUUACAUAUUGCUCUCAAAAACCAUUUACUUAUGUCUCAUUUUCAUCUUUAAAUAAAUUUUUGAUCUAUU